AUGAAAGGAAAAGUGUCCAUGUAUGGACUUCUCCAAGUUCGAUCUCUAAUGGUGGGGUUGAAUGGAGGUCGUGAUGGCGGUGAUGGAUUCAGUGAUUCAUGUGGGGAUGGUGAAGAUAAUAGUGGUAGUAGCAAUGCCAAAUUUUAUUACUUGAUUGCAAUGGAGAUGGUCUAUGGUGGUGUAAUAGCAAAUGUUAUAAGUGGUGGAGAUGGUGUAAUAAUUAGUGUUGCUAGUCAUGGCGGCAAUGUAGUACCUAUUUUGGUGAAAAUCAUUCUAAAAAUCUCCGACCGUGCAACUGAGUAUGCCGUCGGAGCAUUGCUCUCACUCUGCUCCGCCUCCGAGCUGACUCAGCGUGAAGCCUUGGCCGCCGGCUUGUUGACUAAGCUGCUGUUGCUUGUUCAGAGUGAUUGUACAGAGAGAGCAAAGCGUAAAGCGCAAAUGCUCCUCAAAUUGCUCCGGGGCUCCUGGCCAGAGGACACAACUGCAAAUUCGGAUGAUUUUGCGUGCAGCGACGUCGUUCCUUUUCGAUUUUGUCCUUGA